UACUCAAAUCAAAAUAGAGAAAAAAACUAAAAUGACCGGUUCCAUUAAAGCAACAUGAGCCAAUAUAAUAAAAUAGAACCAAUUCCAUUAAUAAACAACAACAACAAAAAGAAAUCAAUUCGGGGAUUUCAGGUAGUUGGAUGGGAGCUGUGGGACCUGAGAUUGCCAAGGUUAUCGGGGUGAAAGAAGCGUUGAGUUGGAUCAAAUGCAAAGGGUGGAUUGGGGUGGAAAUUGAGACGGAUAAGCUAGUGGUGGUGCAGGCGGUUCUUGGCUCAGUUUCAAUGCCAUCUCAAUUUGGUUUCUUGGUUCAAGAUUGUCGGUCUUUAAUUUCGUCUCUUAAUUGUGUGUUUAUAUUUUGUUAAACGGUCUGCUAAAACUUAAUAAAAAAUAAAUAAUACAAAAAAUAGAACAACAAUUAAAUGUAUGAACUAAAUAACCAAAAAAUUAAAAAAAAAAAUGGACUACAACUUACUACAAUGAACUUAAACAAAGCAGGGAUGAAAUGAUGAUCAAUACUUCAAAACCGCAACAAUCUCAAACACUUUCAACCGAUUACAAGAAAAAAGAAGAGAAAAUAAAUAAUGCACAAGAAAAAACCACGAAAAAUACAGAACAAAAAAAAUUUAAAGAAAAAAAGUUUAAAAAAUAAUCGAACCACUUUAAUGGAGCAACGAUAAAGAAGAAGAUGAAGAUAAAACAAAAUGAAAAGAAAAGAAAAUGAAAAGGAAAAAAGUCUUCCAGCCCUAAACAUGCACUAAAGAUGAAAAUGAUGAUGAAUAGGAAAAGAAACAAGAAGAAGAGAUUGAUGAUGGCAGCAGUGACGAAGCCAGAAAUUUAGUUGAGUGAUGGCUUAAAUAAAUAUUAAGUCAAAACUAAUAAAAAUAACUGAUAAAUGUAUCUUUCAAAUUUUCAUCUUGAACAAAAUAAAAUAAUACUAUUGACAAAAAUAAAAUAAAAUAUUGUCAAUAGUAUUAUUUUAUUUUUUAAUAAAGUUAUUAUUUUUUUUAUUAUUUGUAUUGGACUACUUUUAAAAUGGGCCUGAUUAGAAUAAGAGUAGGCUCAUGAAUCAUGAGUAAGAUAUUGAGUGAGGGCUUUUGUGAAUUGGGCUUUAAUAAAUUGAGCAAAGUGAAUUAAUAUAUGUAUAUAUCUACAUAUAAAAAAUUUGAGGUAUAUAUUUGAGUGAGGGCUUUAGCCUACAUAUGAGCUAAAGUCCCUCCGUCCCUGGAUGACAGUGAUGAUGAAGCUACGGUCAUAUCAAUAGCUUCAUGCAAAAAGGGAAGCUAUAGUACAUUUUCACACUAAUAUUUUAAUAUAUUUUAAAAUAAUAAAGAAAACAAAAAGAUAAAAUAUAGAAAAUAGAUUUUAUUUACAAAAGUAUGACAUUUAAAAAAGAGAUUAUUUCACAAAUACACAAAAAUAACAAAAAAAAAAUUACAAAAAUACGAUUUUAUAGAAUUUUAAAUAUUUUUACGAUUUUUUUUAUUUUAUUUACAGAAAAUACGGUCUUUAUAUGUUGUACUCUUGUUAAUUUGUUGUUCAUUUUUUUGUAAUCUGUAUCUUAUUUUUUGUUGUUAUUUAGAUAUUAUUUUCAUGUUACUUUUAUGUAAUUUUUUUUUUGUUGUUUUUGUAUUGUUUCUAUGAAAAAUCGUAAAAAUGUAAAAUAAAAAUCAAAAUGUAAAAAUUUAAUUUUAUACGAAAAAAAAAGAGAAAUGAUAGUAAAUGGCCCCAAAUCAUAGGAUUAUGUUAGUUUAUGUUCUCAUUUUAAAAAAAAAAUAUAGCAAAUGACCCUAAAUCAUAAGAUUAUGUUAGUAAAUGUCUUUAUUUCAAAAUCAUUAAUUUUUUUUAUUUAUUUUUUAGAAUUAGAAGCAAAUUAUUUAAAUAUUAUGGUAUAUCUAUAUUAGUUUUGUUAAAAUCUUUUUUUUUUUAUUUUAAAGUUAUGUCAAUUUUUUUAAUUUUUUAUGAGUUGUUUUGGGUUGUUGGUAUAUAGAUUUUGUUGUACGGUAUAUUUCUAUUUUGUUGUAUGGUAUAUUAUUAUUCUUAGAUGAUAUUUAUUUUUUUAUUAUGAUAUGUAUAAUAGUGUUAUAUAAUUUUAUUAGCAUAAUAAAAAUAUUUUUAUGCAUGCAUAUAAUUUUAUUGCCAUACUACAUAUAUUUAAUUAUUAUUUUUAUUUUUUUUGAUUGUAUGAUUAUUUAUUUUAAAUAAUAUUUAAUUAGUUUUUAUUUUAUUAUAUACAAUGGUCAUGGUAUAUAUAUUUUAAUUGUGGUAUAUAAUUUGAUUAGUAUAGUAUACAUACAUAUAUAUAUAUAUAUUAGUAUUCUAUAUUUUUUAUUAUUAUUAUUUUUUGUAUAUAUAUUUUGGUAUAUGAUAUAUGUAUUUUGUUAUACAGUAUAUAAUUUUUUUAAAUAAUAUUUAAGUUUAAUUUUCUAUUGUACUUUUGUUGACAUGAUAUAUAAUUUUAUUAGCAUCCUAUAUAUUUUUAUUUUUAUUUGUUGUUAUUAUUAUAUAUAUUUCUAUUGUAAGGUAUAUAUUUUAUGUUAUAUGGUAUAUAAGUUUUAUUGUAUAGUAUAUCAUUUUAUUUUAGAUAAUUCAUGUUUAGUUUUUAUUUUAGUAUACAUAUAGGUGAUAUAUAAUUUUGUUAAUAUGAUAUAUAUAAUUUUUUUAAUAAUAUUAUAUUAUUUUGUUUUAUUUUUUAUUGUAGAUAUAUACGUUUUAUUGUAUAGUAUGCGAUUUUUGUUGUCUAUAAUAUAUUAUUUAUUUAAUAUGGUAUUUAGUUUUAUUUUAUUAUAUAUAAAUUAAUUUUUCGGUGUGUAUUCAUAUUUUAAUGGUGGUGUAUAUAAUUUUGUUAACAUGAUAUAUAUAUAUAUUUUAAGUAUUAAUUUAGCAUUGUUAUAAUUUCUUUGUGGUAUAUAAUUUUAUUACUACGGUAUAGUAAUUUUCUGUCCUACGAUAUAUCUAAUACUGCUGUAUAUAUUUAAAUGAUCUAAUAUAUUUAUUUAUUUUGUUACAAUAUAAUAAUAUGCAAUACUAAAAAAAUUAUGUAACUUAAUUUUAUUAUUAUAUAUAUUUUUUAAAAAAAAUAUGUGAUAAAUGUAUUUUUAUAAUUUUUAUUAGCUAAUUUAUUAGAUUUGGCCAUUUUCUUAAUUUUUUUAAAAAGUGGACAUUUACUAACUUAGUUACUAAAUUUAGGGCCAUUUUGCAUCUCAACCCCAAAAAAAAUGGUACCUGAGUGCGUUUGGAAAGCCACAAUGUAAUUGGAUUUGUGUGUAAUUGGAGGUAAUCACACAAUUUGGCAUGUUUGUCUGACCGUGUAAUUACACUGUAACUGUGUGAUUGGAAGUAAUUGAGGGGUUCCAAUUACACUCUCCAAUUCUCAUGACCCCCCAUGAGAAUUGAAUGUAAUUACACUGUGUAAUUACUAAAAACUUUCCAUAUUAAACAUUAGCUACUAAAAAAUAUUAUUUUUCCAUGUAAUUACUAACUAUUUCGCCAAACAAGAUAUUAGGAAUUCUUAUGUAAUUACCCACCUCAUAUCCAAACACACCUUGCAUUUUAAAAUAUAGUGUAAUUACUACAUUGUGUAAUUACCAUCCUAGUAAUUACCUUACCUAGUAAUUACACAGUAUUUUCAAACGCACCCUUAUAUAAUUAUCCCUUUAAAAAAAUCCAUAAAAAAGUAAAUAAAACACAAAAGUCAUAUACCAAAAGCACUAUUUGAUUAUGCCAAAACAGUAAACAAUAAAAAAAUACUAUAUUUGAUGUAAUUUUUACUUUAUUGUGCUAGGAUUUUACUCUUUCGCCCACGUAGAUUAACAUGCUUUUCUAGCCACAUCAAUAGAUUGAAUGGUUUAGGCCUUAAGAAUUAAGAUUUAAAAUUUAAAUCAUAAAUGACAAUCAAAGCACUAUUUGUAUGUUUCUUUUUUUGGCAUGCAACGUAUGUACUAAAAGUAAUCUUUUUUGGCAAAAACGCAUCAAAAAAAUUCUUGACAUAAUACAUUCCCGACCCUUAUAAGUAUUUUGAUUUGGUUACAUCUCCAAGAAAUCCUCAUUCAUAUCUUUGUUUAUCAAUUUGUUAAAGCAAUAUGCACUCAAAUAGAGCCACAAGAGAAGAAUCUUCUUAAGAACAGAGCAUAUCAAUGGGGAAAAAAUGGAAAGAUGAGGAGGAAAAUCAGAGGAUUGUCAAGGAAACAACAAUGGUACCCAACAGAACAAACGAAGUCAUAAUCACAGUAUUCAUCGAAAAACCAUGGCCAUGGCCUCAUAAGAGAGCUGGUGCUAAAUCAAAAAUGAUUUUUCCACCAAACCAACAAAAAACAAAAACACGAAGCUUUGAUCGCCGGGCUCAACUCCUUGCUUAUGCGCAGCAACUUAGAAAAUCUGAUUCAGAACAGCUACAACGGCCUAAAAAUGGUUCCAAGCCAAAGUACAAGAUGAACGUUCGGGUAGGAUUGCAGAGAAUAAGAACCCGAAAGCAAUAUCAGCGAUUAGUGCCAGAGGUAGACAUAUCAUGUAAACCAAAAUCUGUAAUUUGCAGAAAGAAGAAAGCCAGCAACAAACACACGGAUUCACCCUUUGGAAAAGUCAGAGGAAUUUUGAGAGGGUUUUGUAGAGAUUGAAAUAAGAUUGAUGGAAAAUUUUAUGUCAGUAUAAAAUUUGUUUGGAUGCCAUGUGUUUGGGAACAGGUCUAGUGCAUCUGACCCACUUUUUUAAUACAAUUUUUGUUAAGGAGGUGAGUUUGAGAUCCAAUUUCAUCCCAUUUAUUUGUUAUGCCGAGUCAAAUUUAUGUAAGACAUUGUUUCUGUGUUA